CUGUCAACCUCAGAGACGGCUCGGUUCCUAGGCCAAGUUGCAGACGGUUUCGUUUGCGUCCUUUCGUUGAUCUUAGAAUCAUCAUCACACUCAUUCUUUUCCUGGCUUCGGCCACCUUACAGUCUUUCUCUAGUAUAAUCUGGACAGUCAGUCAUUAAUAUGGUUUCCGCAAGGGCUGGUGUUGCGGCCUUUGGCCUCCUCAACGGCUACUGGGGACAAACCGCACUCGAGAGUAUUAAGCCGUACUGCGAUAGUGGUAUUGAUUCCAUCACUCUUGGUUUUGUUAACAAUGCCCCUGGCCCCUCUGGGUAUCCCGGUAUCAACUUCGGACCCAACUGCUGGGCAGAUUCAUAUCCUGACCCCGUAACUGGCUUGCCCACACAACUCUUGAGCCAUUGCAUGGGCCUUCAGCAAGAUAUUCCUUACUGCAGAUCCAAGGGUGUCAAGGUCAUUCUCAGUAUCGGAGGAGUGUACAGCAACUCUACUCUCUUCCCUUCCAACUACAAAGUUACAGACAACACCACAGCCACCAACUUUGCCACCUUCCUUUACAAUGCUUUUGGUCCUUACAACCCAAACUGGGGAGGCCCUCGCCCUUUUGACCAGAGUGCCAUUCUCCACACCCAAGUUGAUGGUUUCGAUUUUGACAUUGAGCCGCCGAACGACCAAACUUGGGCAAUGGCGCCUUACAUCAAGAUGGUUGAGACGUUCCGUUCUAUUGAUUCGUCGUUGAUUUUGACUGCUGCCCCCCAAUGCCCUACCAACCCUCAAUUCUUUGUCUUGAAGGACCUGAUUCAACAAGCCUCCUUUGACAAGCUUUUCAUCCAGUUUUACAACAACCCGUCGUGUGAUCCCAUUCCUGGAAACUCGGCCGGCGAUAAGUUCAACUACGAUGACUGGGAGGCCAUUGUUGCCGGUAGCGCCAAGAGCAAGUCGGCUAAGCUGUACAUUGGUCUUCAGGCCAAACCGGCAGCCCCAGGGUCAUUCGAGACAGGCUAUGUUGACCCAAAUGCUGUGAAGAGCUUGGUCUGCCAGUACAAGGACAGGGCGCACUUUGGUGGUCUUUCCCUGUGGGAUUAUUCUCUUGGUAACCAAAACAACAUCAACGGAACGACUUUUAACCAGUGGGCGCUCGAGGCGCUGCAGGUCGGAUGUAACCCCUUCCCUACCACCACCACCUCGGCAACUACGGUUUCUAGCACAAAGGCCUCGACGACCUCUACGACCUCCAAGGCUUCGUCGACGACUAGCAAGGCGACCACUACGUCCAAGGCUUCGUCGACGACCAGCAAGGCGAGCACCACAUCCAAGGCGUCUUCCACCACCUCCAAGGCAAGCUCUACUUCUAAAGUAAGCUCUACCUCUAAGGCAUCGACAACUUCCAAGGCGUCUACGACCUCCAAGGCUUCUACUACCUCGAAGGCGUCGACCACCUCGAAGGCUUCGACCACUUCCAAGGCUUCAACCACUUCCAAGGCUUCAACCACUUCCAAGGCUUCAACCACUUCCAAGGCUUCAACCACUUCCAAGGCGUCUUCUACGACCUCCAAGGCGUCUUCUACGACCUCCAAGGCCUCCACGACCUCCAAGGCAUCAACAACUUCCAAGGCGUCUUCCACCACCUCAAAAGCCUCUACAACUUCCAAGGCCUCCACGACCUCGAAGGCAAGCUCUACUUCCAAGGCAUCGACAACUUCUAAGGUGUCCACGACCUCUAAGGCUUCUACCACCUCAAAGGCGUCCACCACCUCAAAGGCCAGCACUACUUCCAAAGUAAGCUCCACCUCCAAGGCGUCUACGACCUCCAAGGCUUCUACUACCUCCAAGGCGUCUACGACUUCUAAGGCUUCCACUACCUCGAAGGCAUCCACCACCUCGAAGGCGUCUACCACUUCAAAGGCCAGCACUACUUCUAAAGUAAGCUCCACCUCCAAGGCUUCUACUACCUCGAAGGCGUCCACCACUUCCAAGGCUUCUACGACCUCGAAGGCGACCACCACUUCUAAGGCAUCUUCCACUUCCAAGGCGUCUUCUACCUCCAAGGUGUCCACGACCUCCAAGGCAAGCUCCACUAGUAAGGCGUCUUCAACUUCCAAGGCCUCCUCAACUUCCAAGGCCUCCUCAACUUCUAAAGUUUCUUCCACCUCCAAGGCCUCCUCCACCUCUAAGGCGAGCACUACCUCCAAGGCCUCCACCACGUCAAAGGUGUCUACAACCUCCAAGGCCAGCUCUACUUCCAAGGCCAGCACGACAUCCAAGGCGAGCUCUACCGUGAAGCCUAGCACCACUUCCAAGGCAAGCUCUACUUCUAAGGCCAGCUCUACCGUAAAGCCUAGCACUACUUCCAAGGUCAGCUCAACUGUGAAGCCUAGCACCACCUCGAAGGUUAGUUCUACCUCCAAGGCGAGCUCUACCGUGAAGCCUAGCACCACCUCCAAGGCCAGCUCUACUUCCAAGGCAAGCACCACUUCCAAGGCGUCUACCACUUCCACCAAGCCCACCACUUCUGCCAAGCCUACGACUUCUACCACGUCGGUGAAGGCGUCGACUUCAAGCAAGCCUACGGUGCCGGCCUCCAGCACGAAUGUGGGUAGGGAUGUGACUACCACCACCUCUUCUGCCGUCGUGUACCCCACGACAACGAGCAAGUGGUCCAACUCGACAAUCUCCCGCGGCCCGGCCACAACGACCCCUGCUGGCUCUGCGACUGUUUCCCUCACGACAAGCACUGUUUACACCACGUCUGUGCACACCGUUACCAAGUGCCCGCCCUACGUCACCGACUGCCCGGCAGGAGGUUAUGUGACCACGGAGACUAUUGCUCUGUACACUACCGUCUGCCCCGUCAGCGAGGCAACUCAGACCGCCGCGCCUGUGACUACCGAGGCUUCCCAGCCUUGGACCACCAGCACCGUGUACACGACCAGAGUCUACACCAUCACAUCUUGCGCUCCUGAUGUCACCAACUGCCCAGCGAACCAAGUCACGACGGAGACGAUUCCAUUGUACACCACUGUGUGCCCUGUGACGGCAACUGCUACUGGCACCCCUGUCGGACCUGGUAGUGUCGAGUUCCCUCAAAACACCGACAUUGGCCAGCCUUCCGGGGGUGCUCCAGUCGUUGAGGCUGCCUAUCCCACUGGCCCCAGCAGCAUCCAAACCCUUGCCAAGCCCACCACCUCUGUUGGCGCUCCCCAAGGUCCUUAUGGUGGAAGCAGUGUUGCCACCAGCUCUCCAAGCAAGCCAGCCUACCCCGUGGGUUCUGGAUCUCCCAGCUACCCUAGCAGCGGCCCUGGCAACGCGUCGCCUUCUGGAUCGCCUUCUGGAAGCUGGAGUGGCGUGCCCGUUGGUCCUUCUACGAUCCCUAGCAUCCCCGGGACAAGCGGUGCUUCUAUGAUGAGUGCUAGCCUGCUUGGUUUGGUCAUGGCUGUGGCCGCACAUGUUUUUGUUCUGUAGAAGAUAGACGUGCUCGAUUUUUGCAUUUUACGGAUGGGUUUUCCCAAGAGAGCCUUUAUUCUUUUUCAGACAUUCUUCUUAAAAUACUUGGUCUUCUGAGCCCCUUAAUCAUGGGUUGACGAAGAACUUUUUAUUAUUAUAUAUUUUUCUUUUUUAUGUCGAUACGGUCUGGAUAUGUGUAGGACUUGCUGUAUACCUUAGCUUAUGACGAUGAUUUCACAGGCCAUUAACGGAGCGCAUUCCGGGUUCAAUAUGUUAUAUUUUUCAUCCUGAUGGCUGGUUUCAAAAGUGACUCGGUGUAGCUUAUUUGCAGUGUAUAGUGGUGUUUACACUAGAGAUCUUUUCACAUAACGUAUUUGUAUUGGAAACGUCGUAUAGAUGCCGGGCUGUUGACAGAGUUGACAACCUGGCCAACCGCGAGUUUAGCCAAGUUGUCAUCAUAACCAAAUGAAUACGAAGGCCCACUUCGACUAGGUCAAUUAUCCAGAG